CUCUUCCCACAAUACCCCAAACCCACCACUCAUCCAUGGAACACCACCCCAACCCCCACACUCCUACUAUCACUUCUUCUUCCUCCGCCGCCGCCGCCUCCACUUCCUUCUCCUCCUCCUCCUCCUCCUCCUCUUCCUCCUCCUCAUCCGGUUCAUUUUCGAGUUUCGAACCUCCAAAGGGUCCGAAAAAGGGAAAGGGAUCAGAGAGUCCUACUACUGGCAAUGAGCGACAGAAUCGGCAUAGGACUAAUGGAGGCGGCGUCGACGACGACAAGGAGCCGACGACGUCGUAUCGGGGAGUGAGGAGGCGCAGCUGGGGCAAAUGGGUGUCCGAAAUCCGCGAGCCCCGAAAGAAGUCCAGGAUAUGGCUCGGUACAUACCCUACAGCCGAAAUGGCAGCUCGAGCCCACGACGUCGCCGCCCUAGCCAUCAAAGGCCGCUCCGCCUACCUCAACUUCCCCCAACUCGCCCGCGACCUCCCCCGGCCCCUCACCAAUUCUCCUAAGGAUAUCCAGGCGGCGGCGGCCGAGGCCGCAGCUGCCACAUUUGCCCGUCCACCCACCAACUCAGAAGCCGAGCCAAGCCAAGCCGAGCGGAAUGGAGCCGAACUUACUAAUAAUGUUCCCGAUUCGUCGUCGGACGGUACUCGCGAAUCAGAAUCAAACAACGAUGAUGACAGUACUCUAUUCGACCUGCCCGACCUCUCAGUCGACCAGAGAAGCUUGAAUGUAUACUACUCUUCGCCGUGGCAGCUGGCCGCCAGCACCGACCCCGUCGGAUUCCGACUAGAAGAGCCAUUUUUAUGGGAGUGCUACUAGAUAAUAGCUAGCUAGAGCUAGAGAAAAAAAAGAGAAAAAAAGUAAUAAUAUUGCCAACCGUACAUAGUGAUUAACUUCACAUUUAUGCGAUUAAUCAAUAUAUUGGGUACAACAGUUGCAGUUAGGGAGUGCAUUGAAUCUGCAGGUACAUGUAUAUGCAUGCAUGCAUGAUUAAUUGAUGAUGAUCAUAUAUAUAUAUAUAUUUACAAAAGCACCCAAA